UUUCAGAUCAAUAACUACGUGGGUCACGCCCGGGUGGAGGUCCAGCUGGUGACCCACUCUGACCCUCCUCGUGUUCACGCUCACAGUCUGGUGGGACGCCACUGCACCGAGAACGGCACCUGCACGCUGGACAUCGGUCCCAACGACCUCACCGCCUCAUUCAGUAACCUGGGGAUCCUCCAUGUGACCAAAAAAGGUGUGGUGGAGGUUCUGAGCCGAAGGCUGAGAGAGGAAAGGAAGAGACAGAAAGGAGCACACUGUCACCUCACAGGUAAACUCACCUGUUACAGCACACU